GAUAAAGUUCAAGUGAGUAUUUUAGUAGACCAUACUUUCCCUUGAAAAAUAAUAACUGCUAAAGGAUUUAUGAGAUCACCCAUAAGUGUGACCUGCCUGGUUCCAAUUAUGCUACUUAUCUUUAUUAGGUUUUUCUUUGUUCCCGAAUUCCUUUUUGUAAUGAUGAUAUUCAUCAAGGUAUAUCCAUAUUUUGCCUGAAUAACGCCAUCAUAAUGAUUGGCUUCAGAGGUUAAGCUUUGGCAUCCAGUAUUAUAGGAUGAUAUGAAAAUUAUGUUAUUUUAGCAUAUUUGUGCUGGAUACCCUACUAAUUCCUUCUUAGCUCCAAGUGCUUGAGUAUGCACCUUUGGCUUCUAACUUAAUGGAAGGGGAAAGUUUUGUACACUUGUUUUGCGCCCAAAGUUUCAAGUAAUUGAUUUUAUCAAUGUGUGAUUAUUAUACUAUUUUCUAUUCUUUGAAGUGUCUAUUAAUUUUGUCAAUAUUACCUUCUAAAGAUCUGAUCGCGUUUUACUUCGGCAAUUCCAUGCAGAAUGCAUUGAUCCAUCAGUGUGGCAACAAGGAAGAUACGAAUAUGUAAAUGCACUGCGAUCCUUUGGUUGAUUUGAAAGAAAGAAGCUAAUGGGAACAUGCCAUAAAAUGUUCUGCAUCAAAAUAUAGUACCUAUAAUUCAGCUCUACUUACUUAAUUUUGCACACAUACCAACCACAACCAUAUAAUUAGUAGCUUAUCCACUUUAUCCACUUUUCUAAGUUGUAAGCUCUCCCGAUUAAUCCACAUUUCUACUAAUCCUCCAUGUUACUUUACUUUAUACUCUUUUGAGAAACUGCCAAAGGUCCUUUAUAUAUACAUAUACAUAUAUGUGCAUGUGUGUGCGUGUGUGUCUACAUACAUACCUACAUACAUACAUACAUACAUACAUACAUUUUGUCGAAACCUUAACAGGCUUUCCACCUUGAAGAAAAUGUUAUCAUGCAUAAUGCUUAUUUGGUUUUCUCUUUGACUCCACCUAUAGGAGAUGGAAAUGGGCAGAGGAUUUAAUGAGAGAUGGCUUAGAAUGUAGAGAUAAGCUUAUAUAUGACAUACAUGCCAUGCUGCAACUUGCAUGAAGAGAGAAACCUGGCCCAAAAUACCAUCCUAUUUACUUGCCCAGCUACUAUGGCUCGCAAAUUUCAAUCCACAACAAGAACUUUAUUAUGUCUUUGACACUAAGCGAGGACAAAAUUCUUGUCUAUAUUCGUAACCGAAAGAGCCCUGCCUGGGCAACGCGUAGCAAUGGAGGUAUCGACCGGUGGCAUUGCUAACAGUGACUGGUGGCAUGUUUUUUUUUUCUCUUCCUCCUCUUUAAAUGCUCUUCUCCAUUCUCAAACAAUUCAAGCUUCUUUCUUAUAUCCCCCUUUUGCUAUCAAGCUCUCACCAGUCCUCAAUCUCAGGUAUUUCCUUCCUCCUAGUAUGCCUUUUUCAAAUUGGCAAUCGCUGUUUUAGAGUUUUAAUCUUUAAUUCUUUGUAGAAAUGCUGAUAGAACUAAAAAAAUUUUGCGCGAUGAAGCAAAAAGUUAUCAAAUUUCUUUCUGUAAUAUUUUUUUCCUUAUAAAUUAGUGCCUUUUAUUCUAUUUUAUUUUGUACGUCAAUCUCAUGCUUGCCUUUUUUUGUAUAAUUGCUUGACUUUCUGUCCACUGGUUUCAUAUUCCUAAUUCAUUCAAAAAAUUUCUUGCAAUUUUUUUCCUGAAUUGUCUUCUCUUUCGUUGUUGCAUGCGUUAAAGAAUCUCAACUCCUUACCAAUAUGAGCGCAUUCCUUUGUGGAAGUGAAGAAGAACUUGAACGCCAAUUUUCUGAGCUCAUACCUGAUAGAAGAUCAGCUUUGUGCUAUUUCGCUAUUAUCGUUUUUCUUCUGUUCAUGAUAUUGAACACGGAGCAGUUUAGGCCAAAUAUGCUGCUUGUUGUGUUGGUGAUCGUCUGUUUGAUUGCCUUCAGCCUUUUGAUGUGGCCUAGAUGGCAGCAGCAUCAAAGAGAAGCUGAUAAUAGCCCGAGAAGGCAUAACAUUGAACAGAGGGUUCUUGUGCCAGCCUUUGCAACAAGAACACAGCUAUCUGAUGUUAGGAUUCAGCUUGCUCUUCUUGAUCGAGAUUUUGACUAUCGCGCCAGAGUCAGAAGUUUCGCGUGUGUGAAUUUCUUCAGUUUCCAAAAUUCUUCUGCAGAUUAUGAUGCAUUGAGAGCAUUGGACGAUGAUAUAACGCCACGUGCUUCAACCGCGAGUGAUUCAACCAUGACCGAUGAAGAUAUUAGAGCUCUUAAUGGUAACAGAGAUCACCACAUAGUGAUGGAUCUUCAUGAUUCAUGAAAAGAGUUUCUGGUGUCGUUCGAAGCAAGUUUCAUGAAAGCUGCUUUCGUCAAGAGCAUAAGACAAGAGGGAGCGUAUAUCGCAGGUGGAGUGGUGCAAGAAAUUAUGUAUUUUGUGCGCACCAACUUUUUUUGAGUGUUAAGACUUUUUUGAAUUUGGAUAUCAAGCGUGUAAAACAUUUUCUUGUAGUUUCGUUGUCUAAACAUUUGAACGAAGGUUGCCAUCUUUCUAGUAUUAAUGCACAUAUAUGUUUAGCUUAUGGUUAUGGCAAUGUACUAACUUUAGUUUCUCAUUGGCCUACUCAUCCUCAACGCUAUCAUGUGAUUAUUUAGCUCGGUUGAAAAACAGUUAAUACUAAUAAUCAGGCCCAUUAAGCUUGCCCUUGGCCCCCCGAAGCCCAGAUCCUCAGCUGAUAAUCUCUUGCUUUCUUUUCUUGGCCGAUGUGGGACUAAAAGUUGGCUCAUAUUAAAAUCUCCCAUUGUCGUCAUUUGUAACCGAAGGAAUUUGACGCUUUGCUCUGCUCGUCGCGUAGCGAUGUCUUCAUCGACCGCUGGCGUUGCCAACACCGACUCGUGGCGUCUCUUCUACGAUGACGACAACAACUCUCUUUCUCUCUCUCUCUCUCUCUCUCUCUCUCUCUCUCUCAGAGGUCGAGGGAGGGAUCCUGGGUUUGAUUAUUUGGGUAAGUGUUUUUCUGCCCAAUUGUGUUUCUUAGAUAUUGCGAGCUAACUGUUUGAUAAAAUUCCUCGGUGAAGUUCAAUUACAUUCAUUGGUUUACUGAAGCUCAGAAAGGAGGGAGAGAACUGUUCCGUUACAUUUACUGAUUUUGGGUUGGUUAUUUGAAGUUGGAAGACUGUACUAAAAUAGAUGGAAGUGAAUUUGGAGAAAAUGAAUUGACAUGCAGUGUUUGCCUGGAGUAUAAGAAUUUACAAGUUGCUGAGUUUGUUUGUUCUGUGUGCCUGGAUUAUCUAAUUAUUAUUAUUAUUAUUUUUUUUACAGUUCCGUGCAAGCUGCAUCUUUCCAUGGUUGCAGCGAAAAAGGAACAUGCCCCAUUUGUAUGCGCAGACCAAACUGAAUUUAGCAAGAAAAUGAAGGAAUCAUGUCUAAGCUUCUGAACUCUAGAUGGUAUUUUAUGGAAAAAGAUAUCGUGGGAGUCGGAUAUCAACUCUUGGAUCAUUGAACUUGACAGAAUUAAUAUCUCUUUGACGUAUUAUUAAUGUGUUUCUGAGCAAAGCUGGGCCUGAAUUUAGUCUUCGCUUCACGCAAGCAAAGUUGAGAGUUUGCUAGCAAAAUACUCAGUCUGUUUGGUUGCAUUUGGAACCAAAUACAAGUUCGUGUUGUAGAAUGUAAGCACCUCAAUUUUGGUUUAACAUCAAAAAGGAGCUGUUAGUGCUGUGUUAAUAACAUUGGAUUGCAUUUGGAAGUGAGGAAAUCACUUUUAAGGGUAUUUUGCACUUUGUAAUGCUACAUCAUGAUCUAUUUUUGUCUUGAAGCUCCAUAGUUAAAAUAUGGGCAUUUCGCUUUUGAUUCU